ACACACAGCUGGGCGAGGGAAAGGUUCGCUCGUUGUCUGUCUCUCUCUCCAGGAGUCGGGAAGUCUUACUUGUGCCACUGUGAGAGAAUACUAGGUGCUUUGUGUCACUGUCCUGCCCUGUGUUCUCUUUCUGCUUCGCCUCGGUUCCCUGAGUCUUGGUUCGUUGCUCCUCCGUUCCUGCCGUCGCUGUCGUCAACAGGAUGGGAGCUCACACGUAUGAAGAGGACCCUGUGACAUCCCCACUGGGGGGUGUGGAGCCGGGUCUGACACUUGGCACUAUUGAGGAGGCCAAGGAAGGUUCCACUGGCGAUGAAAGUGAAGCUGAAACUAUUGCAGAGCCCCCCCAGGAUGAGACCACAGAAGUCACUGAAGGAGGAGAGGAGAAGAAGGAGGAACUGGAGGAGCAAGAGGAUGAAGAGGAGAAGGAAGAAGAGGAGCUGGAUGCCUGCUUGUGGGAAUCUCAUCCUGAUGUAGAUAGAGGCUGGGCAUGGGUCAUCCUUAUUGCCAUGUUUGGGGUCUUUGUCAUUACUUCAGGCCUUCUCUCCACAACUGGAAUGUUUUAUGUGCAGAUGUUGGGAGAGUAUGGGCACAGUCGCUCUUAUACUGCCUGGAUGGGUUCUCUCAUCAACGCCUUCUUCAUGCUUGGAGGACCCAUGAGCUUCAUGUUCAUCCAGACGUUUGGUUGUCGUGCAGCCAUCAUCUGUGGGUCACUCAUCAUGGCUGCUGGCUACAUGGUGUCUGCCUUCACCACCUCCCUGGAGGCUCUCUUCUUCACCUAUGGAGUGGUAGUAGCAUGUGGGAUGAGUUUCUCGUACUCAGGCCAGAUCACAGCCCUCAACCAGUACUUCAACAAACGGCACUCCAUUGCCACCUCCACUGCCAUGCUGGGCAUUGGGUUGGGCAUUUUCUUUCUGAGUUCAUUGACCGAGUAUAACAUAGAGGAGUAUGGAUGGCGAGGGGCGUAUAUCUGGAAUGCUGGACUCAGUCUGCAGAUAGUAGUGUUUGGAGCUCUCGUCUUCCCUCUGCGACCUGUUGCUCCAUCUUACAAUGAACAGUGGGACAUGGAGGAAAACCUUCCCAAGUCAAAAUCUCUGAAGGGACUUAAAACAUCUAAAAGCCGAAUGUUAUUAGAAAAGACUCUCAAUCACAGGUCUUUCUCCAGCCUUCGUCUGUCAGCAGAGGCAAGCUACCUUUCCCAUUCCCAGCUGAGCCUCAGGGACUCACACCAUCACCUCAACCUGCGCUCCAACCAGCACAGCUUCUGCUCCAAGGGAUCCCACCUGGUCAUUGGCAGCAUACGAUCCAAUGGCCACAGCUUCUGCAGAGACUCUCAUGCAGAACUGUCUCAUCUUGAUCUCCGUUCCAAUCAGUUCAGCUUCCAUCACAAAGAUUCCUAUGCGGACUUUGGUCUUCAUUCCAACACACACAGUUUCUGUUCCCGUCGGGACUCUCAGGCUGGGCUAAGCGGAAUCAAGUCCAACCCUCACAGCUUUAUCCACCACCACUACCUCAUGGAUGGGGAGGGAGACAGUCUGAAGGGCAGCUGUGGAGGUGGCCGGGCCCGAUUCAUGCUGCGGGAGGGUGACUGUGACCUGGGCUGCUGUGUGCUGGAGGAGGAGGACACCUGCCCCAGUGAGCAUUCAGGAAUGGGGGAACACAAGUCCCUGCGUGUGAGGAUGUCCCAAGUGAAAGAAAAGAUAUGUGCCACCCUCGUUGGACUCACAAGGAAGUCAGAGGACAGUAUUUUCAUGGAGUCGCGGUUCUGGCUCCUGAACGUGGCCUACUUCUUUGCCAUGGUGGGGACAAUAUGCUUCUUCAUCAUUUACAAGGACUUUGCCGUCUCCAAGGGUGUUGGGGACUACUACACCAUGGCUCUCUCAGGGAUUGGUAUUGGUGACCUGGUGGGCAGGAUGAGCACAGGGAUCAUGCUCUCAGUUACACUCAUCAACCCGGUGCUAACUUUCUCUGUGUCAAUGCUGCUCUGUGGGGUGGUGAUGUUUAGUCACGCCUUCAUCACCACCAGCACACAUUUCCUUGUCCUCACGGCCAUGUUUGGAAUUCUGAACGGGUCACAAAACGUGCUCAUUGCCGUCACCCCCACCAUGGUGUUUGGCAGAGAGAAGCUGUCCACAGUGUUUGGCUACAUUCUCUUCCUUGGAGGCAUCGGAGCUCUCAUUGGAGCACCCAUUGCUGGUCUCAUUGUGGACAAGACUGGCAACUUUGAUGGGGUGGUGGGCUUCUCAUCCGGAAGUCUCUUUGCUGGCUCCUUCCUCAUGUUCAUCUGCUUCCUGAUCCACCGCUCCACUGUCCAGUCACAGACACAGCAGGAGGUGUGAAGAAUGUUGUCUGGUGCACUAUCUCAUUUCCUUGUGUUAUGUUAUAAGAGUAUAUGUGCAACUUGUCCUUUCACUGUAUGAUGUCCUGUAUUGCAGGGUAGUAAAGUCCUCUCCUUGUCUCCAUUAAGUUCAUGCAGGAUACAGUAGUAGUCUGAUAAUAAUACCAAAGAACCUUACUGUAUGUGUUUUGACAAAAUUGUGAUACAGACUUAUGUGUAGUUUUUAAGGAUGACUUUAGAUUAUCACUAUGCAUUUCUUGAGACUUGAUAGUGAUUGAAUGGUAAGCAAUAGAUAUUUUUGUAUAUAGAAACAUUUCUGUACUCAAUUGAAUUAUAAUAGGUAAUCUACAAUAUUUUAUCAUCUCAGGAUACAAAUGAAACCUGUGCUCAUCAAUGUAAAUCACUCCCAUCUAUUGGCAUAACUUACUUAUAUAGGGACAAAAAGCUUCAGUGAGGAAUGACUAGUGGAUGGGAAGUGUCUACAAAGGAUAUAGGGAGUCUUUGGAGUAGUCAGGAAGGAUGAUACAAAAAUGCAAGUAUUUCACUGAUUUGAAUGAUCUUUUGCUGAUAGAAUGGUUAGUGAAAGUGAUGCAUGUGUGUAUAUGAGAUCUGGAUGCCUGAUGAGGAAGAAGAAAAUGACUCCUCUGUCAUGACAAUCCCAUCAGAAGGGUUCUGCAAACAAGCAUCAGCAUAGACUAGAAAUAGAAUGGAAUAUACUAGUAAACAUCAAACUCCAGCAACUCUCUUGCCCACCACAUACUAUAAUGGUGCAUGUAGCUGUGUGUGCUCUACCACAUGAGAAAGGAAUUAUAGGGCUGGCAUCACCCCAUCAUUGCUUGUAAGAAUCUUAUUUACUGAUUAAUCCCUUCAAAGAUUAUCCCUGCAUCUUAACCCCAUUUCUGUCCAGGGCUUAGUGGUGUGCAAUGAAAAGGCCUUGGAAUUUUAAUGUUCUGUUAAUGAAAAUGGGAUCUUUUACUGGACCUUAAAAUUCUAUUGUUCCUGAUAGAAUUGACAGCCAAUCUUGCUUAGAACAGGAAGUUUAACAGUGAGGACCAGCUCUGGAUGGUGCUGUAGCUAAUAGACCCUACAGUGUAUGUACAGAAUCAUUAUACAAGACACACAUUUAAUGGCUGAGGUGCUUUCCCUCAGGACCUGAUGGCAAGAAUAUUUAAGAGAGCAUAUUUUGUUUGCUUAUACUUUAAUCAAUGAUGGUUCCAUUCCAAAGACCAUCAGUAGACAGAGCCAAGCUUAUUUCAUUAUCUAUCUAAGUGGCUGCCUUCAACUGUUGCUAGACCACCAAGGAAUACAGCACUUUAAUCCACUGUGCAGCCAUAGUAACCAUACUAUUUUGUAGCCUAUAUAUAUACACAUAUAAUUGUAGAUUUUACAUAUGGUAGUGUAGCUGUUUAUAUGAAGAUGUACUUGUUGUUCACAAUAUUUGAUUCAGCAUUUUAAUAUAAUUAUAUGAAGGGUAUCAGUUAGGUGGUUAGAAUCACACAAGCCUUUACACAAAAUGUGUGUGUGUGUGUGUGUGUGUGUGUGUGUGUGUGUGUGUGUGUGUGUGUGUGUGUGUGUGUGUGUGUGUGUGUGUGUGUAAUUUUUCACCAAGGUCUUGUGAAUCAUGUGCUGGACUCAUGACAACAACCUGUAUCUGCCUGGUGAAAGCUUACAGGCUCAUGUAAUCCAGUCUGUGGGUAAUGCUGUGACCUUUCACUCACAAUGCACCCCAUCCUCAUCUUGGUAAGGGAGGAAAGUACUCAUUCAUGUGUGUGUGUGUGUGUGUGUGUGUGUGUGUGUGUGUGUGUGUGUGUGUGUGUGUGUGUGUGUCUGUGUUAUUCAGACAGUCAUCAGACUGAAUGAAUGCUGAUGGUACAUGUGCUGGUUUUAUGAUAUAUUAAUGUUAUUGUUAUUUUGAUCACAUGUAGGUGUGUGAGUGAGUAUAGGUAGCAAAAUGUUGUGUAUAUAGAAGGACGUGGAUGUUCGCAUUUUACUCAGCUUGUUUUUUGCAGCUUUAUUUCCUCUUUUUAUCAUGGUUACUCAUGAAAGGUUUAUGCACUGCAUCAGUGCUCAUGUACUACAUAACAGGCUUUGUUUAUCAUUCAAAAUGUGUAUGUUCCAUUACUACACAUUAUUACAUGCAAUAAGAAUGCAGCAUUGAAUAUUAAUUUGCUCUUCCAUAUGCAGUAAGAUCCCCUGAUGUUGGACUUCCAUAAACUGAAAAUGACUAGGGGUUGAAUUAGAUACAAGCUGUGGCUGUGAAACACUGAGGUCACCAGCACCUCCUGUCAGUGAACUAUUAUUGUACAGUACUAAGUCAGUACAGGAUACAACAAAUUAUAAGUUUAGUUGUUGCAUUUGAGCUAAAUUGUCUUACAGAUUGUAUGUGGAUUCUGCUAUUGUUGUGCAAUAUAUAACUGAUGACAUAAUAAUAUAAGUGCAGGUUGUCUGUAUUCAAGGAAAUUAAUCUUGUAGAUUCUGUAGAAUAUACACAAGCACAGAAAUACAUGAACCCAAGAACUGAGAUGAA